GUUGUUCAUCAGGUUUUGUGAAUAAUUAUAAGCACAACGCCGUGACCGGUUUGCUCAAAAGUGAUAUAUGUAUAAAUCGAAAAAAAGAGGGCUCUUGCUUAUUAAACUGUCUUGGAACGUUGUGAUGGAAUCGUUUGAAGGGAAAGAUAUUGAGGCCGUUGGAGAAGUUGGAGUCUGUGAAACCACGUCUGAAAAGGAUCAUAGAUGAUUACCUGGAAACCAUGUGGAAACAAGAUCAGUAAUGAUGACUCGCUUUUGGAAAGUUCAUAAUGAACGCAACAGAAUGGCACAGCAGCACGUCGACAGCGUCAUCGCUGUCAUCCAUGACUACUUCAGACGCGACGUCGUCGUCGGUGUCAUCGGUGACGACGCUGUCGCCGUCCCCGAUCCCAUCGUACCAGUUCCCGUACAAGACAUGGGAAAUGAUACUGAUUGCUCUGGUGGCCGGCUCGUUGUCCGUCAUCACCGUCCUCGGAAACGUGAUGGUGAUCCUGUCGUUCAAGAUUGACAAGACGCUGCAGACCAUCUCCAACUACUACUUGUUCAGCUUGGCAGUGGCCGACUUUGUGAUUGGUCUCGUGUCCAUGCCUUUGUUCACGAUGUACUUGUUGCUGGACAGGUGGCCCCUGGGGCCAGUGGUGUGCGACACGUGGCUGGCCCUGGACUACCUCGCGUCCAACGCGUCCGUGCUCAACCUGCUCAUCAUCAGUUUCGACAGAUACUUUAGUGUGACGAGGCCGUUAACGUAUCGGGCGAGAAGAACUCGAAAGAAGGCAGCACUGAUGAUAGCUUCGGCCUGGCUGAUUUCCCUGGCCCUGUGGCCGCCGUGGAUCUACGCCUGGCCCUACAUCGAAGGCGAGCGGAAGGUGCCCGAGGACAAGUGUUUCAUCCAGUUCCUGGAGACCAACACGUCCGUCACUCUGGUCACUGCGGUGGCCGCCUUCUAUUUGCCCGUCUCCGUCAUGAUUGGUCUCUACUACAGGAUUUGGAGGGAGACGGAGCAGCGGAAGAAGGACUUGUCGUAUUUGCAGGCGGACAACCAGCAGUCGCGGAACACGAGCAAGCGUUCCAACUCGUCGGACGAGCAGCAAGUGGUGAACCUGGAUGCUCAAAACCCGCGUGCCAACUCGGACGACGACACGGAGAUCCACCGACUCACUGGCGGCGGCGGUGCUCGUGGCGGCCCUGCCCUCAUCUCGGACGCCGCCAAUCGCUCGCGUCGCCGCACCGGCAGCACCACUGGCUCCAGUCGCCACCGCAUUUCGAGGUGGGAAUGGAUGUCGGAGAUGUUCAGCCGGCAAAUGUCGACGUCGUCGAGCAACGCGGGGAAGCUGAAGCGUCGCAAGAGCACCGGCAACCUGUGUAGUCAGGGCAAGAAACACAGGUUCUCCAUACCAUCCCUGGACGAGGUGGCGACGUGUGCAGACUUGGCCAGCCGCAUGGCCACCUACUAUCCACCGCCGUGUAUCCCACCGCGUGCUUCCCGCCCGACUCGUCGCCCCAGGACGGGUUCCAAGGGUCAUCACCGGUCGAAACCCGCUGGGGACACGGGGUCGGGCUCAUCGACGUCUCGUCACCGACUUCCGGCUCGUCGUUAGGGCGGCCCUCUAACCAUGUUUGUUUACUCGCAGAUUCAGAGACGGCGCGACGGAUUCCAACGCCAGCCGUCCAUCCGCAUGAUUUGCGAGGAGCCGGACAUUCAGUUCACACCCAAGACGACGUCGGUGGCGGCCCGGCGUGGCGGCGGCGUCGUUGGCAGCAAUUCGGUAGUGCCAGCGGCGGCGGCGGCGCAAACGUCGCAGGACUCGAGCGGACGUGACGGUGCGGGUUCCCCGUCGCUGACGUCGUCUCGCCGGUCGUCCAUGUUCCCGGUGUCGGGCUCGUCGUCGACGCGGAACCUCAUGUUGUCUCGGUCGACGACGAACCCGAGCAACCCGGCGGUGGGCGGACGGAAGCCCGACCGGAAGCGGCGCAAGAACCAGGAGCGCAAGUCCGACUCCCACCGCGCUGCCCGCACGCUGUCCGCCAUCCUCGGCGCCUUCAUCUUCACGUGGACGCCGUACAACGUGCUGGCCCUGCUCAAGAACCUGCUCAAGUCCGACCAGGAGGACGACUUCAUCCCCAAGGAGCUCUGGAACUUCGCCUACUACCUCUGCUACAUCAACAGCACCGUGAACCCCAUGUGCUACGCCCUGUGCAACGCGGCAUUCCGACGCACCUACGUCCGCAUCCUGUCGUGCAAGUGGAGUCUGAAGCGGACGAGGAGAGAGGCGGCGGCGGGGAUCGUGCAAGCCGCCGCCGCUGCCGCCACGGCGCCGCAAUCCACCUCCAAUAAUGCCAAUCGUCAGCAGCAGCAGCACUGCUGACAUCCCUGCGUCUUCACUGUCUCGUAGGGGGGAGAGAAGAAAAAGUUGAAAAGGGAAGCUCAAAGAAAAAGAACAUGUAUUCGCGGGAAAGAAGACUUCCAGCGUCCAAAGGUUACUUCGGUGGCAAGUGUUGUUUCAAGCCAAAGAGUCUUAACCGUUCUUCCAACGCCUUUUUUGUAUAUAUGCUGCGAAACUAAGGAUCUUGUAACAAAUAAUGUGAUAGCCAAGUACGCCAAAAAAAGGACAUAUUUAACCAACUUUGGUAUUAAAAACUUUCAUGGGAUUCCAUCAUCAUCUUCCCUGAAUAUUUUUUUCUUUUUUUUCAAGGACAAGUAAGUUGAUUUUCUGAUGCAGAAUGUGACUUAACAGAAAGUCACUGUACAGUACAGUAUUUCAUGCAUAUGUUCAUAGAAAGACAAUUAUCAUGAGUUUGUUGCGUUACCGUGUACCUUAAAAAUUAUCAUGGAUUUUAUUAAUUUUUUUUCAAUAUUAUUUCAUGAACCCGAAUUCGGAUUUUUCAACACCCAGGUUGAGAAGAAAGGAGUAAAUAGAGAAGAAAGAAAAUGUAAAUAAAUUUGUUUUUUGCUUGCAAUUCUGAUACAAACAAAACUUUGGAUCAUCAAGUGAUAAUAUUUUUCUUUGAAUAUAAAUCUUCCUUCUACUAAUGCUGAAUUCUCAGGGAAGUCAAUUGAUGGUUUUAGAAAUUCAAUUUAAAAUCCAAGGAAUUCUUUCUUGAUUUUUCAGUACCUUGUGUACUUCAUUCCUAAGUACAGAAAAAUUGUUAUGACCAAUGGAUUUUCUUCUGAGAAAGAAAGGAAGUGGAGCUAAAAAUCAUUGUGAAGGAGUAAGUUCAUAAAACUGUUGAUAAUCAUGUUCUUCCUUUCUCAUGACCAAUGAGUAAAAAAAAAAAUGGUUGAAUGACUGAAAGUGGGGAUUGCAUGAUGAAAAAUACUUGUGGGUGGGGGGUUUGUCUUGUCUCUUGGGUUGUUUUCAAAAAAGAAGAGAGGAAUCUGUACAAAUCAACAUGGCAUGGUUGGAAUUCAAGUACAGUACAGUACAGCAACAACUGAUGGAUAAUUUUUGUGUUCAAGUUAUGUGUCAGUAAUUCAGUAUUAAGUUACCCACAUUGUGCACACAUGACUGUGCCAAAGUGAACCUGUUUUGUGAAAUGCGCUCAAGAGGUCUGGUCAUGAGAAAAAAAAGCAACCCAGAAGGGGAUUCUUUUUGUUUUGUGAGGAGGGGUUCAUCAAGAACCUGUGUUGAUGGUGUUCAUUGGAAGAUAAUGUCGCCAAAAAAAAUUUUAUGAGCAAAAUGGGGAAAUGUGCAAUAGAUGAGAGAAAAAUGGGAGGGAGGAAGGAAGAAAGAUCAUUUGUAUGUGUGAAUCAUUGUGUGUGUAACAGCUCUGUGCUACAGAAAUGUUCUAUGGCAGCUUGUUUUUGGCAAAUGAGAUGAGGGGUGUGGGGGAAGUAUUGUUUCCAUGUGAGCUAUUCUUGGGCCAUUGGCAACAGGAGGGUGAAUCCUGUGUGUUCCCAUUUGACAGAAAUGUUAUGGGCAAUGAUACAUAGGCAUAUAUGUCGUGCUUAAUUUUGAAGGCCUUUUGGGAAGAAAACAAGGGUAGCUGCUGGCUUGGGUUGGAAAGCUACUGGUGUAAGCUGAGUGGUGCAACUGGAAUAUAUUCGCUUUUUGCUAGAAA